AUGCUUUGUACCCUGGUCUUGCCACUGCUUUUACAGCUUCUUGCUUCAGUGUGCAGGAGUGAGAAAACCCUCUGCUUUUCGAAAAUCAACCCCAGCAUCAGCAGAGAUGGGGACCUGGUGAUUGGAAGCUUUCUCCCUCUGUAUUCAAUAAAACUGAGUAAUUUUGCAAGAGCAGAAGUUUUUACAAGUCAGCCCAACAAGGACUGCAGGAGUUAUCAGUGGCUGCACAAAAACUACCAGCAGGCCAUGACUGUAAGGUUUGCUGUGGAGGAGAUCAACAGGGACCCUGUUCUCUUGCCCAACAUUUCUCUGGGAUUCCAGGUGUACAAGGCCUACCACAGUGAGGAGAGGACCUUGGAGAGCUCCCUGCGGUGGUUGACAGGAGGGGGUCAGCUAGUCCCUAACUUCAGCUGCAGAGGGCAGGACAAGUCUGUGGAUGUCAUUGGAGGAGCCACAUCAGCUCUGUCUGUCCAGAUGGGGACCCUGCUGGAGCUCUACAAGCAUCCACAGCUCAACUUUGGCCCUUUUGAUCCCAUCCUGAAUGACAAGGCCCAAUUUCCUUCUCUCUACCAGAUGGCUCCCAGAGACUCCUCCUUGCCUCGAGGUAUGGUCUGGCUAUUGGUACAUUUUAAAUGGACCUGGGUAGUUCUGGUGACCACAGAUGAUCUCAGAGGUGAGGAAUUCCUUUGAGAAGUGACAGGGGAGAUGGCAAAGCAUGGUGUCUGUGCAUCCUUGACAGAGAAGAUUCCUGUCAGUGAAAGAUCACAUGAAGAAUCACAGAUGUAUUUUAUCCCUAGGAUUGUUGGAUCUUCAGCUAGGGCAGUUGUCAUCCAUGGUGAUACAGACUCAUUAAUGGUUCUCAGAUUUUCGCUAAUGCCAAUUGUUCCAACACCUAAGAUAUGGAUCACCACUUCUCACUGGGACAUCACCAUGAGACACUACUAUUUUGAGAGCUAUGCUUUUAGUGGAGCUCUCACAUUUACAUACAUGACCAGUGAGGUUCCUGGUUUUAAGUCUUUUCUCAGGACAGUGAACCCUAAUAAAGAUCCAGAGGACAUCAUACUUAGUGAGUUCUGGUUAUCAGCUUUCCAGUGCAAGGAGGAUUAUGAAAAGCAAGAACUACAGCAGUGUGCCCCAAAUGCUACAUUGGAGGCUUUGCCUAUAUUCCUUUUUGAGAUGACUAGGUUUGGCCUGAGUUACACCAUCUACAAUGCAGUGUAUGCUGUGGCUUGGCUUCUGAUGAAAACAGAGAUUGCAUCUGAGGAAGCUGGAGAAAGCUGGGUGCUUCAUCCUUGGGAGAUUUCUCUUCCCUUUCAACUCCACUCCUUUCUGAAGGACCUUCAAUUUAAAAACAGUGCUGGUGAUGAGGUGUUUAUGAAUGAGAAAAGAAGCUCUGAGGCUCAAUAUGACAUCAAGAAUUAUAUGUACCUUCCUAAUGAUACCGAACUCCUGGUGAAAGUGGGUGAAUUUAUCCCCAAGGCUCCAUCUGGCCAAGAUUUCACAAUACAUGAGGAAGCCAUCAACUGGGGAUGGUUAGGUCCAGAGAUCCCCCAAUCUGUGUGCAGUGACAGCUGUCACCCUGGAUACAGGAAGACAACUAAGGAGGGAGAACCUGUCUGCUGCUUCAGCUGUUCCCGGUGCCCAGAGGGGGAGAUUUCCAAUGAAAUAGAUGUGGACCACUGCAUGAGGUGCCCAGAAGAUGAAUACCCAAAUAAGGAUAGAGAUCACUGCUUCCCAAAGGCUGUGACCUUCCUGGAUAUUGCAGAACCUGUGGGGAUAACACUAGCAUUUAGAGCUGUUUCUUUCUCUCUCCUGACAACUCUGGUUCUCUGGGUUUUUGUAAAAUUUCAAGACGCUCCCAUAGUCAAGGCCAAUAACUGGGCUCUCAGCUAUACUCUCCUCAUCUCCUUCACCUUCUCUUUUCUCUGCUCCUUGCUCUUCAUUGGCUGUCCCACUGCAACCACCUGCCUCCUCAGACAAACAACUUUCAGAGUUAUCUUCACUGUGGCUGUGUCCUGCGUUUUGGCAAAAACCAUUAUGGUGGUUCUGGCCUUCAGGGUCACAAGACCAGGGAGUAGAAUCAGAAUAUGGGUACAAUCUAGGGUGUCCAACUCUGUUGUCCUCACCUGCUCAGCCAUUCAAGUGAUUCUCUGUGGCAUCUGGCUCGGAACUUCUCCUCCCUUCCCAGAUAUGGACCCACACUCUGAACCUGGUCACAUCAUCAUUCAAUGUAAUGAGGGCUCUGAUAUUGCCUUCUACUGUGUCCUGGGCUACAUGAGCUUCCUAGCCCUAGGGAGCUUCACUGUGGCUUUCCUGGCCAGAAGCCUGCCUGACAGCUUCAAUGAAGCCAAGUUCAUCACAUUCAGUAUGGUGGUGUUCUGCAGUGUGUGGGUCUCCUUCCUUCCCACAUACCAGAGCACCAAGGGCAAGGCCAUGGUGGUUGUAGAGAUCUCCAUCCUUGCCUCCAGUGCUGGGUUACUAUGCUGCAUCUUUAUUCCCACAUGUUAUGUGAUCCUACUGAGGCCAGAAAGAAAUACCCAAGAAGGGAUAAAGAAAAAAGUGGAUUCUAAGGGUUGA